AUGUUCAGCUUCUGCCCUCUCCAGGGUGCCCUCUCCGACUCGUCGGCUUCGCAGUCGCUGCUGGAGCUCGACGGCGGCGUCAAGAUCCUGAUCGAUGUCGGCUGGGACGAGACCUUUGAUGUCGAAAAGCUUAGGGAGCUCGGCAGAAUAGCGCCAACUCUCUCGCUCAUUCUUCUCACCCACGCGACCGUCCCCCAUCUAGCCGCCUACGCGCACUGCUGCAAGCACUUCCCACCCUUCCAGCGCAUUCCCGUGUAUGCGACGCGCCCCGUCAUCGAUCUCGGCCGUACCCUGACACAGGACCUCUAUGCCUCGACACCCCUAGCCGCGACGACCAUCUCAUCAGCCUCGCUCGCCGAAGUAUCGUACGCCUCAGGCUACUCCCAGGCCGCCUCGGCAGAGAACACCUUCCUCCUCCAGCCACCCACUCCCGAGGAGAUCACAAAAUACUUCUCUCUAAUCCAGCCUUUAAAGUAUUCUCAGCCACAUCAGCCGCUACCGUCGCCCUUCUCCCCGCCUCUCAACGGCCUCACGAUUACCGCAUACAACUCGGGCCACACACUAGGAGGAACGAUUUGGCACAUUCAGCAUGGGUUGGAGUCGAUUGUCUACGCCGUUGAUUGGAACCAUUCCCGCGAGAAUGUCUUUGCGGGAGCGGCUUGGCUAAGUGGCAAUCAUGGCGGUGCCGGAAGUACACAGGUUAUUGAGCAGUUGCACAAGCCAACAGCUCUAGUAUGCAGCAGUCGUACCCCGGAUGCCUCUCUGUCGCGUCUCAAGCGUGACGAACAACUGAUGGAAUCGAUCAAGCUUUGCAUUGCCAGAGGUGGUACCGUCCUUAUCCCCGUUGAUUCGAGCGCCAGGGUGUUGGAGCUGUCUUAUCUUCUCGAGCACGCCUGGAGAAAAGAGGUCGCCAAGGACAAUGAUGUCUUCAAGUCGGCCAAACUGUUCCUUGCCGGACGCACUAUCAGCAGUACCAUGAAGAAUGCCAGGAGUAUGUUGGAGUGGAUGGACGACAACAUUAUCAAAGAGUUUGAAGCUUUUGCGGACGAAUCGAGGAGGAACAACAGGAGAGAUGAGGGUAAUCACCAGACCGGACCAGGACCAUUCGACUUCAAAUACUUGAGGCUACUGGAGCGCAAGGCACAGAUUGAGAAGAUUUUGAAACAGUCGGAGGAUACCGAACCAAGAGCCAAGGUUAUUCUCGCCAGCGACGCGAGCCUGGACUGGGGUUUCUCCAAGGAUAUUCUCAAAUCUAUUGCCGCUGAUGCGCGUAACUUGGUCAUUCUAACGGAGAAGCCCAACUUCGAGCCGAACCACAAACCAUCGAUUGCGAGGACACUAUGGGAGUGGUGGAAAGAGAGAAGGGACGGGGUGGCGACAGAACGUACCAGCAACGGCGACACAUUCGAACAGGUCUAUGCUGGUAACCGCGAGUUGGAGGUAGAAACUGCUGAACGAAAGGGGCUUGAGGGUGAUGAGCUAAACGUCUAUCAACAAUGGCUAGCAACACAACGGCAGCUACAGGCCACUCUACAAAGCGGUGGCACCACCACAUUAGAAGCACCAGGAGACGUGUUGGAUGACGCUGAUACCGACACCGACACCGAUUCAGAAGGCUCCGACACAGAGCAACAAGGAAAGGCUCUUAAUAUUGCAACCACCAUGGCUCAAGCAAGCCGCAAAAAGGUGGCCCUCAAGGACGAGGACCUCGGUGUCACCAUCCUCAUCAAGAAGGAGAACACAUACGACUUCAAUGUCCGCGGCAAGAAGGGCCGAGACCGCAUGUUCCCCGUCGCCAUGCGUAGGAGGCGUGCCGACGAAUUUGGCGAACUGAUCCGGCCCGAAGACUACCUUCGCGCCGAAGAACGCGAAGACGCCGAGAACGCAGAAGCCGGCCAAGCAAACAACAACACCCAAGAGCUCGAAGGUCUCGGCAAGAAGCGCAAGUGGGAAGACGUUGGAACAGCCGGCAGGGGCCGAGGCGGUUUGGGGCCCAACAAGCGGCCCCACCACAACGACCGCCGUCGCCUCUCCGCAGGCGAAGCCGACGCCGCUCCCUUUUCCGAGAACGGCCCAGCAGGCGACGACCUCUCCGAUCUCGAAGACGAAGAAGACGACACCCUCAACGGCCCCGCCAAGCUGGUGGUCACCAAGGAGACCAUCCCCGUCCACCUGCGCAUCGCCUUUGUUGACUUCAGCGGCCUCCACGACAAGCGCAGUUUGACCAUGCUUAUCCCGCUCAUCCAGCCGCGCAAGCUGGUCCUUGUCGCCGGCGGCAAAGACGAGACCUUGGCCCUGGCCGCAGACGUCAAGAAGCUGCUCAUUGCCCAAUCCACCGGUACCGAGUCCGCCAUCGAGGUGCUCACACCCGCGGUGGGCACAACAGUCGACGCCUCGGUCGACACCAACGCCUGGGUCCUGAAACUAGCCGAUCCGCUGGUCAAGGGUCUCAAAUGGCAGAACGUGCGCGGUCUAGGAAUCGUCACCGUCACGGGCCUGUUGCUUCCAGGAGGCGAGUUCCAGCCUACCUCUACCGAAGACGCCGACAGUGCAAAACGUCCAAAACUCGAAGACGGUUCCGCCCCCUCUGAGCCGUCUACAGCCUUAGUAAAAACAGGCACCAACACACUACCAACCACCACCGCCUCUCUUCCCACGCUAGACCUCGUCCCGCCAACCUUAGCCUCUUCGUUAUCCGUCCGCUCCCAAGCCGCACAACCCCUCCACGUAGGCGAGCUCCGCCUAGCUGACUUGCGUCGUGCAAUGUUGAGCGCAGGCCACAAGGUGGAGUUCAAGGGCGAAGGUACGCUGUUGAUCGACGAUGUGGUUGUUGUGCGCAAAUCGACAGCGCAGGGCGGCAGGGUGGAACUGGAGAGCGUGGGGUUGCCGAGUGAUACGAUGCCUGGGACGACGAGUGGUGGGUUGUUGAAUGCGGCUAUGAAAGUGGGUGGGACGUUUUAUGCGGUUAGGAAGAAGAUUUAUGAGGGGCUGGCUGUUGUUGCUGGUGCUUGA